GCAUGUUGACGCAUGCGUGUUGCGGACCCUGGUAGUGCGGUGGCCGAAGAUGGCGAGCUCGGGAAGGAAACGCAUCCUGAAGGAGGAGGAUAUCUCCAAGGUGGAGUUCGAGACCAGCGAGGAGGUGGACGUUACUCCCACCUUCGACACCAUGGGCCUCCGGGAAGACUUACUGCGGGGAAUUUACGCGUACGGCUUUGAGAAACCAUCAGCUAUUCAACAGAGAGCCAUUAAACAAAUAAUUAAAGGAAGAGAUGUCAUUGCUCAAUCCCAGUCUGGAACAGGAAAGACAGCAACUUUCUGUGUGUCAGUAUUACAAUGCCUGGAUAUUCAGGUUCGUGAGACUCAGGCACUCAUAUUGGCACCAACACGGGAGCUUGCAGGACAGAUACAGAAGGUACUCCUUGCUCUUGGUGACUACAUGAACGUACAAUGCCAUGCUUGCAUUGGAGGGACCAACGUUGGAGAGGACAUUCGCAAGCUGGACUAUGGACAGCAUGUUGUUUCUGGUACUCCAGGACGCGUGUUUGAUAUGAUACGAAGACGAAGUUUGAGAACACGUUCCAUCAAAAUGUUGGUUCUUGAUGAAGCAGAUGAAAUGCUGAACAAAGGUUUUAAGGAACAGAUCUAUGAUGUGUACAGAUAUUUACCUCCAGCCACACAAGUGAUUCUUAUCAGCGCUACCCUGCCUCACGAAAUCUUGGAAAUGACCAACAAAUUCAUGACGGACCCCAUCCGAAUCCUGGUCAAACGUGAUGAGUUGACCUUGGAAGGAAUCAAACAGUUCUUUGUGGCAGUUGAAAGGGAGGAGUGGAAGUUUGACACAUUGUGUGAUCUGUACGACACAUUGACCAUUACCCAGGCUGUCAUCUUCUGCAACACCAAGCGGAAGGUGGAUUGGCUCACUGAAAAAAUGAGAGAGGCUAACUUCACGGUGUCGUCCAUGCAUGGUGACAUGCCACAGAAGGAGAGGGAAUCCAUCAUGAAGGAAUUCCGCUCUGGUGCGAGCCGGGUGCUCAUUUCUACAGAUGUUUGGGCCAGAGGUUUGGAUGUCCCUCAGGUGUCGUUGAUCAUAAACUAUGACUUGCCCAAUAACAGAGAAUUGUACAUCCACAGGAUUGGCCGAUCAGGACGAUAUGGACGCAAAGGUGUGGCCAUCAACUUUGUUAAGAACGAUGACAUUCGUAUUCUGCGAGAUAUCGAGCAGUACUACUCAACGCAGAUUGAUGAAAUGCCAAUGAACGUUGCUGAUCUUAUUUAAAGCAAAUGAGAAGACCAGGGACCUGAGUGACCAGUGGAUUACAUUUCUUUUGCUUCUGAAGAGAAAACGCUACUCAAGGCUCUAAUAUAUCACCCUAAAGUUUUUAGGAUGUGGAUCUUGUAUACAGUCCCAUCUGAUUCUGUAAACUAGUGUCUUUUGGUUUCUUUUGUACACAAGGGGUUUCUAUGAUUUUGUUUUAUUAUUAUAUUAAGUAAAAAUACAACAUUUUAAUGUUGAAUCUGCAACUGUGAUGCUCUGUGGACAUUAAAGUUUGGU